GGAGGAUUGAUCAGCGUCUGUUAAAAUCUUGUUCUGGUUUUUCUUGGAGUGAGGUCUGUGCCUGCCGACGCGCCUCUCCUGUGCAGCCCCCCUUCAAGAGGAGCUAUUUAAAAAAAAAAAAAAAAAAAAAAAAAAACAGAGAGGGAGAGAAAGGAAAGAAACCUUUUUUUUAUUUUUGAAAAGAAGAAGGAUCUGCAUAAUACCAGUGAAGUGGAUAAAAGCGCACGGCUGGAUUCUUUUUGCGUUCUCUCGCGUUUUUCCCCUCUGGUGUCUGAAUGAAACGGGGAGGCAGAGACAUGCGAGAGCAGCGGAGUGUAAGGUUUUGCUCUGUUCUGGGGGUGUCGGUCUGUCAGCAUGACUGAGUAAACACCUUCUGCCUUUAACUUUUAUUCUUCACAAGCUGGUGAGUUUCACUCCACCGCUUCUUUUUUUUGCAGCCCAGAGUUCCCUUUUCCCUUGGAACGCUGCAGAGACUUUGGUGUUUCACUACCCCCCACCCCCGGUCCUCCCCCCAACACACUGUCAGUGAAACUGCCCUAAACUUUUCUGCGUUUUUUUUUUUUUUUAAAUAAAUAAGAAGAUCGUAUUGCAUUCCCCCCCUUCAAACAUUUUGAAGGUGAUGUCAUCGUGCUGUGUUUUGGCAGGUAUUGUGUUGAGAGGGCGCAGAGGGGACUGCUGCAGCCAAGUGGUAACCAGCGGCUGAGUAGAGCCGGGGGGUGGCGGGGGGAAAGAGUCCGGAAAAAUCAGGUGCAAAGUGCGGCAUGUCAUUUCCUCGCCGUGUCGCGGGUGGCUGACUCUGCCACCCAGUCGCAGCUGCUCCCAUCCUCUCCAGCCACCUCCUUCCUCCAUCAUCUUUCUUUCCCUUCUACUACCCCCCUAUUUCAGGACUGCCCAUAUUCUUCCAUCUGAGCUGGACCGCUCCGGGACCUUAUCAACGUCUUCCUGGUACACCGUUAGAGGGGGUGUCACAUGAGCUCCAGACCCGCAGCGUGGAGGCGCAGAGAUGACCGCGAUCGCAUUGAAUUACCCUGCGCCCUCAGAGCCCCAUCAUCCAGGUCGCAGUUUGCUCCAACCGCCAGCCCAGGAAACCCGCUUGCAAGAGCUCCAGAACCCGCACAGCUUGGAUUAAACCUGCCUCUAACUCCCGUCUGUGGAUCUCGGCGAGUUCGGCUUUUUUCCGCUUUUUUUCCCUUUUCUUUCCUCCUCCUAGCGCCGAAAACUUUUACGCACUGGAUUACGCAUCUGUUCCUGGGGGUCAGCUAGGUCGAUCGGUGCAGGCAAUUUGUAACACGUGAACGCGCUUUCACCUGUUUCGCUUUCUGUCGGGAACGCGCAGCCCAUUUGCUGCCCCCGCCCAUCUGUCCCACCACCGGUCAGGACGGCUGUUAAAGGUUGCCCGGCGGUCAUCACUCACGCCGUCUCGUCUCCGCCAUCCACACCGGGAGGACCGGAGCACGCCGCUGCCGCCGAUGCCAACAGGAGUGACAACUGACUCUUUGACUCUGGACAUCAUCCAUCAGGUUCACGGCGUGAAGGGAGAAUCUCCGGACUGUCGGACUGGCUCAGACCGAGCGAGGAGACCGUCUCUGGGCCAAGUUCCAUAGUGGAGGGGGGAAGCAAUGUGGUCCCUUCUUUCCACGUUGACCGUCUUAUGUAUCCAGAUGUUACUGGUGAUGUGCAAUCCAUUGCAGCAGGUACUUGGCGUGGAUGGAGUCAACUUCAGUGUGCAUGUGGAGAACCAGACGCAGGUGCGAGACACCAUGAGUCGGAGACACCACCGAGUCUACCAGCUCUACAGCCGUACCAGCGGCAAGCACGUCCAGGUGUUGGGACGCAGGAUCAGUGCCAAGGGAGAAGAUGGAGACAAAUAUGCCCAGCUUGUAGUGGAGGCAGACACCUUUGGUAGCCAGGUGAGAAUCCGAGGCAAAGAAACCAACUUCUACCUGUGCAUGAAUCGCCGCGGGAAGCUGGUGGGAAAGGCCAGCAACCGAAGCGCUGACUGCGUCUUUGUGGAAAUGGUCCUGGAAAACCAUUACACAGCUCUGAUGUCUGCGCGCUACACGGGCUGGUAUGUCGGCUUCACAAAAAGGGGGCGUCCUCGCCGGGGACCCCACACGCUCCCCAACCAGCAGGACGUACACUUUAUGAAACGCUUUCCGCCCGGGGAACAGCCUGACCUCACCACACCCUUCCGCUUCACGACCAUCAGCAAGCGGGUCAAAAGGGUCCGCACCACUGGGACACGCUAGCAGUGGCUGACGCUAGCACCCACAGUCUUGAGGAGCACAAGCCUCACCCUGAGCCUCCAAAUGGCUAACCCAGUCAUCUCUUCUGUUGCACUCGACUGAUCGUCCAUCCCUUUGAUGGGACAAAUAUUGACCAGAAACCCGAUGAAUCAUUAAUGGGGUUCAGCUUUAAGAAUCCUAAUUCAACACUCAUAGCACCUGGUUAGUCACAAUUUCGCUAACCUUUUGUUCCCUUGGACCAACUGGACUGUAUCUCCAGUAACGCUGGAAACUCGGAAAGAGUGACAGAGAGCCUUAAGGUCAGUCGGAGUCCAAGGCAUAACAAAGGCCUGGAAUCCAGAACCACAUAAACCACAUCCCAACCAUAAUCCUGUCUGGAGUCCAGGUGGACUGUGUCAAGCGUGGGAUUGUAACUGGACCAUACAGAGAAAGCAUAGCUGGGGAAAGACUAGCUGAACAAGACAAUGAGUGCUUAGGCUACAACAAAGGGAAAAUUGGGACAUGAAAAUGUUCGAAAGGAUACAGAGAUGGUGAUCCGCACGGACCCAGAGGACAUAUAAUGAACUGUUGACAUGUGACGCACUUACCUGUCUCACUACUAAACCGGUGGGAACCUGUGGGACUGUUGGGCGAAAGGCAGGAAAAUUAAGGAUGAAUGAAGAAAUAUUAGAGUGAAUGACACUGAAUAUAUGCAUGUUCUUGAGAGGCUGACAAGGAAAUGUGUAUUGCAUGAGUGCUUGGAGAUAAUAAUAAAAAAAAAUAAAAAAUCACAAGAGGUUCUGGAAAUGGACCGUGCUGUCCCAGGACAUGUCGAUGCAGGGACCGAAGCUUUAAGAACUGGAAUGUACUUAAUAAACCAAGCUGCACCAAAUUCUGCCAACAACUCACUGCAAACCAAACCAACUGCAACCAAAGACAACUGGAGACUUUCUUUACGAUUCCUCCUCUUUCUUUGCUCCCCCCCCCCUCGAGGACGCUACAUCCACAGCUUUAAGGUGCAGAAGGUGAUGAGUGCUUGGCUAAGCCCAGUGGGGAGUGUGCCUUCUCUUAUAGCAUCGCUAUAGAAACGACCCAGGGGGAUGAUGCUCCUGUGAGAUACCGUGGAUACAGAGUGCUGCUACCAGGACAUUCAGUGGGAUAGCCAAAGUCUCAUGCAUACACACAAGGGAAGAAAAAUUAAAGGGAACAAUUUAUUGAAAGUAUAAAUAUAUAUAUAUUAUAUAUUAAAGAAAGACAGAAACGUAAAUAAGCAAUCUUACUAUGAUGGUUACUAUAAUUAUUACGAUAAAAUUAUUUCAUUUAUUUAUUUCAGCUCUGUGUGCAGCAGUCUUUCUUGACUCAGUAAACCUUUCAGAAACAUUUCAAACGUCUCCCAGUUUCUUUUAAGCAGCUUCAUCACUUUCUUAUUUCAUGAAUAAUUUGAAGGUAUCUUUUUUCAGCCAAGUUGCCACCCAUUGUCUAGCUUCAUUUAUUAAUUUAUUGUUGGUGUGGUCGCUUUUCUAGGUGUUUUUUUAAGGAACGGGGGGGCGUGGUGACGUUGAUCCAAACAAUUCUUCCUCUUCUAGCCUUCCAGUCAUAACUUUCAAAAUUAAACAUAUAAAAUGACAGUAUAAUAAACAAACUGGUUGUGUGAUGCAAAACAUCAUUACUUUUUACCAUUCUUGUCGGAUCAAGUAUGACCCAAUCUAAAAAUGUCUCAUGUGCUCUGUGUAGCCUCAACUUUGGCUGACUGACUGUCAUCGUAUGGUUGAGGGAAGGCCCAUUCAAGAAGCUUAAGGUUUUCCUAUUGUAUCCAUUCCAAAACCAGUUAUGAAGUGUUUGUGAUCAUCGUCUGGACAGCUGUGUCCAUUUUUCCAAGGAGUUGAACUCGAAUAUUACCCCUAGUUUAAAUGAAGUUGCUUAGGCCAUUCGAAACAACCCAGGAACCACCAGGGCCAUAAUGAAAUUUAAUAUCCUGAAGCUCGAGUUGACUGUCCACAGUGAGUUCUACAUCAUCAUAGACUUUGAACGGGUCUGCCAAGAAAGAAACACCUGCUCCAAAAUCAAAACCCUCAAAUAUGACUGAAAUCAACAGCUGCUCACUUAGUGACAGUGAAUCGUCUUCUGGAGAAAAGUUCAAAAUUGAGCUGUUUGGUCAUGAUGAUAAAAAUGUAUGUUUUAGAGAAAUCGAUGUAAGGCUUCCAAACCCAACAACAACGUAUCCACCGUCGAGCAUGGUGGUGGUAGCAUCAUGGAAAUCAUAUGUUUCCCGUCCAUGGGUACUUGUGCAUGGCAUGAAGUAGGUUGAAUAACUAACAACGACCGCCACCAAAUUCACCAACAUCGCUUCCGAUCAACUUUUAAAUAGCUGAAAAUUAGACACAACUCUGUGUUCCAGUAGGACAAUACCAAACGUCACAAGUUGUCCCAGAACGGAUUAUGCAUGUUUGCAUUAAUCUUCUGGAAUUGCCCCCACUUCAGCACAUUUAUGGACUAUUUUUAAAAUCCGCGUCAUCUGCCAUUUCCUGUAAGAUGGUCAAAUAUUUGGCCAGAAUCAUGCCAAGACCUUUGCCAAGGGACCCAAAUGUUAUUGGGGUAAAUGUAUAUAUUUGAGCUUGUGAGAAAGAGAAAAUUCAGUAUAAAUGUUACUUAAUAUAUAUAUAUAUAUCUCGGGCAUUAAUGUCGAUGAGAGCAUGUAAACAUCUGACUACAAGUUUAUACAUUUCCUACAGUCCACCCAAUAAUGUAUUGAUCUUGAUUUUCUCCUUUUCGUUUAGAUCUAUGAGCAGAACCGCCUUAUGACUGUGAUGGCAGUGCUUGCAUAAGACCUUUAUGCCCUGAUUUUUCUACUUCAUUCCUGCUAAUGAGAAUCACUGCACAAUAGAUUCAUGAAAGUUUUUAAUGCCAGCAGUAGAUAAAACCCAAGCAGUAGUAAUAUUCUUUUUUGCAUGGAAAGGAGCAGUUUUGAGAAAUUUGACAGGGAUCUUGUCCUUAAAGCUGCUUUUAAAUUGAAAUCAAGAUAAGUUUGAACAAUUGAAAGCUAGUGUAAGAUAUGGUUUCUGCCAAGAAGCACACCAGCUAAGACUUUAAAUGCUGUUGAAAAUAUUAUGCCAACAUCUACAAAAACUCUCAGAGCAACCAGUUUGCAAAAAUGCACCUUGAUUUGAUUUAUUUUUCAAAUUAUCAAAAAAGAAGAGCAUGAAGAGUCCUCAUAGUAGCGGAAGUUUUCUAGCCGUUUCUUCCCUCUCAUCUCUCCUGCUCUUAUCCUCCAUCCCUUCCUUCCCAAUCUUAGCAGGAGGUCACAGAAGAGAUGUCACUGCCAAAUGACCCAAUCACUUCGGCAGACACAAACAGCUGACUCAGGGGGGAAAAAAAAGGUUGCACCAGAGGAUUCCUAUUGCAAGGCAACAGGAAUCUGCACCGAGGGGGAGGUGGGGUUGGUAUAAGGAGGAGACAGUGAGGUGGAAGAGAAAAUGGGUGUGGGAUAAAGAAGAGCGAGUAAGGGAGUAAAGAGGUGUGGGGGGGGGGGGAGAGAGAGGGGUUUGCUGGUGUAAGUUGUUCAUUUCUGGAACGUUGCUUCAGUUCCACUCGGGAAUGAUGGAAAUAUUCCGCGUAGCCAAACCCAGAGUGGAAGGUGUAUGGUAAUCAUGUCGGGGAAGGAAUGCCAAAUAUGUGCGUGAGAACGGAGCUGUGACCUGAGAGCUGCAGGAAUUAUGGGCCAAAAUCCCACAGACCCAGAGGAAGCACACACACCCAUAUCCAACACAUACACACAUCAUAUAUUAACAGUGCUCCACCAAGUGCAAAUGUAUCCCACAUAACUUAUACUCUGAAUCUUAAACAUUCAGUUACACUGGCUGAAGCGGAGCAGUAGAGACAGUCCCCUCACAGCAGGCCRCCCCCUUGCACUGGAGGAGAUGCGUUGAACGAGUGGGCUCACGUGUUGUGAAAGAAGAAAAGCUGAAGUGCAUGCAGACGGCCGUAAAAUGUACCGCAUUUCAAAUCUCUCUCUCAAACUGACAGCAUUUACAAGAUGUGGUAUGUGAUCCUCUGUAACAGGUUGUUUAGACUCCAAACUUGGCCACCCAACUGUCAGAGCUAAAGCCUUAAAAACAGGUUGUGCUCUAGCAGGAAAAUGAGUAAAUACUCCCAUCUGGUGGUAAAGGUCAGAAAAAUAUUCUUUUACGUGGAAAAAAAAAUAAAUAAAUGUUGCCCUGGGAUUUGCAAAAGCACACAAACGUUUCCCAUUCAUUCGUGAGUCUAACCGGCCUGUAGGUUAGGUUUUGUUUCAGUUGGGACCAAACUGACGCAACCAGAUUUCCCCACUUGGUAAAAUGCCUGAAACAGAACAAAGUAAUUAUAAAUGCACGAUCGUUUGGGGUUUUUCCAAGCAAAACUUCCAUCUGUCCAUCCGUUUUCUUCUGCCUUUCAGAGAUCUGCUUGUGCUGGUGUUACUAAUCCAAGUAGGGAAAAGCAAACAUCCCUCUGCCCAGUGGCCCUGCCCAGCUCAUACUGGAAGAUUUCAAAGCUCCCAGUGGAACUUGGCUGGAAGACCUUUAGAGGGAAGCAUCCAGGACCAAUCCUGAUCAGAUACAGAUUUACCUCAACAGACUGCCAUUCCUUUGAUGUGUAGGACUUCACACAGGCUCGUUCAAAGGUCAAGUCCCGCCUCCUUUAGAAUGCGGCUCCUUUCAGUCACUUGUAUCUGGGAUUUUAGCCUUCCAGUCAUAAUCCAUGUGUUCAUAGGUGAGGUUUGGAACGUCGACAGACUGGUAGUUUUGCUUUUUGCUGUAGCUCUUUCUUGACCACAACAGACUGGCACAGUGCUCAUAUUGCUGUUGAGACCACGAUUAGUCUUUGGAUUCCUCCAUUGAGACAAAGACCAACCAACAACCUGGGAAGGGAAUCCACUUUUUUUCUGGUUGAGAACCUUAGACACCGAUUUGUAGGGGCUAAAGCUCAAAAUAGCUGUUGUACACUGUAAUGCACAUUAAAGGUUAUGGCUUGAAGACAUACAGAACAUUGUAAUCCGCAAAAAGCAAAGUCCAAGAGGUUCCCAAACAAGACGUACUCCCCUUUACGCUUAAACCUUGAAAUCUAGUCGAUGAAAACCACCAGCAGGUUAAGGACUGUGAAGAAGUCCUCAGCAUGUCAACACUUGAGCUAAGGUUAAGUCUUUCCCGAUGCCUACUCCUGACUGGGGACAUUUCCGAGUACGUCACAUGAAGAGGAAGGAUGACUGAAAUCCACUCAUAACACAAACACACACACUCUCACACAGGUGAGAACAGACAGACAUUCGGACUUACAGUUGGCUCAACACUCCACCACUGUCAAGUACUUUAUUCACAAUAAGGUCAUUUUCUUCUUUAAAAAAUCAUUUUAAUAUACAACACAAUUUUUGACAAGACAACUCCGUUUACAGCUAAAUUUUGAGCUCUUGAAUUCCAGCUUCUCUCAUUACCAAAGCAAGCACUUAGGAUGAUGGGAGAGAGAAAGAUGGCGUGAGAAGGACAGAAAAACACAGUGGGGAGGGGGAGUAGGUAGAAAGAAUGAGGAGAAGGGCCGGGAAAGAGUGGCAGGAGAAAGGACUAUGCUUAGUAUGAUUUUCUUUGUACUAAGAACCAAAAUACUCAAAUAAAGUUAGAAAAUAACAGUAAUAAAAAACAGUAAGAAAGUAAGAAUUAAAGAGGAAAAAAAGCAGAGGUGUACCAGGAUGCUGUAUCCAAGGCAACCUCACAUGCAUGUCUGACGCUUCUGCUCUGUUCUGCCAUUUUCACAAGUCCAAAUACACAAAAACACACGCGUUCAGAGGGUGUGUGUGUGUCUAGGUGUGUGUGUGUGUGUGUGUGUGCCCCCUUAUUCCAAACGAAUGUGCACCUUGUGGGAGGGGCUGUGAAAGGGAGGCUAAGUGGUGGGGUACAGGGAGAGUGGGGUGCAGAGAGAAAGAGAGAGACAAGGAGGAGCAUAAUUCUGGGAGAAGGCGCAGGGAAGCCUUCUCCAACAUUUCUCCCUCUUUCAGUCGCUCGAUCUCCCAUCCUUCCCUUCUUGCUUAAGAGCCGAGUAAAGAGUCUCUGUCUCCCGUAUCACAGCUCCAGUCAUCUUCUGUCCAACUGUGCCACUUGUGUCUGCAUUUGUCUGUGUAAUAUAUAAAUAUAUAUCUAUAAGCAAUUCCAUAUCUGUGGAAACCUGUUUUUGGCAGGGGUUAAAAUCUGAGGAGCGGAAGCUGCUUUAAGUUUGCUUCAAGGGGACCAAAAAACAAAACAAAAA